UUUAUUGUGAAAGUUCGGCGCGGAAGUGCCACAGUCUUCCGCCAUAACAGUCACGGAGAAACGAAAGCAGUGAAUGGACGUCUAGCAGAGCCAUGCUGACCUGUGACAUCUGUGGUGAGGAGAUCAUGUUUGAGGAGGACAUGAGGACACAUCUCCUUCUGAGCCACCUGGAAAAUGACAUGCAUUGUCCACUCUGCUCCCUGUCUGGAGUGUCCUACAAUGAACUCUGCUUCCACAUCAGCUCUGCACAUCCAGACGAACAGGAUCAGGCUCACCUCACGUUGCCGUCAGGCUGCUCAGCUGAAACAAACACUGCUGUGAUGGAGAGUGUGGACGGCCAAACAGCCACGCAGUUACCCUUAACUCAGUCCUGCACAGCUGGGGACACCUGUGAUGGCGCUGGUUCAGUGACACCCACUGGUGCCUCUAGUGUCACCACAGACUCAGUGCCACAUAAACUGAAUAUUACAGCUGAGAGUGGUGGUUCAUCACCUGGAGAGACAUUACCCACUACUUCAAUUCUGAGAACACAGGGUGCUAAAACACGACUGAAGUCUAACGUGCUCUGUGAUGAAGGAUAUAUUGGGAUGAAAUCUGAGCAUAGCAAAGCCAAACAGAAGCGUCUCUCAUCUCGAAGAAAAGAGGAGCUGUUCUCCUGCCCCAUGUGUGCCCUGGUCUGCAGCAGCAGCUUCAUCCUGCAGGAGCAUGUUGAGUUGCACCUGCAGGAAGAGCCCUCAGCUGAAGGAGAGAAGAGAUUUGAGUGCCCUCUGUGCUCUGUGGUGUGCAGCAACAGCUUUUCUCUGCAGGAACAUGUGGAAGUGCAUUUAGAUCAUGAAGCAGCUGUGAAUCCUGCAGGUGCAGGUAGCCCUGGAUCAGACCUGAAGCUAGCCAAACAGCUUCAGAUGGAGGAGGAGCAGAGGAUGAGGCAGGAGGAGGCCCAGCGGGAGAGAGAGGAGUUCAAGAAGCUACAGAGGCAGUUUGGUCUGGACGGCAGUGGAGGCUACUGCAGACAGAUGGAGAGGACUAUGGAGAAAGCUGUGGACCGGGGCCUCAUGGCCCCAGCAGAGUUCCACAGUAAGAGGGCUGAGAUGAUGGAGUCCGUGGCCUCAGGAGUUGAUGAUGGCAGUACGAGAACUCAAGGUGUGGUCACAGCCUUAAAAGAGUACUACCAGACUGAGUGCAGAGACUGUGUCCAUGUGUGGCUGAGUGCUGAUACUGACCACUACUGCUCCUCAGCGGGGGAUAAAGGCUGGGGCUGUGGAUACAGAAACUUGCAGAUGCUCCUCUCAUCUCUGCGCAGAACGGACACAUAUGCUCCCAUCAUACCAGAGAAGGCAGUGCCUAAUAUCACUCAGAUGCAGAGUAUGAUCGAGGGGGCCUGGAAAGAAGGACUGGAUCCACAAGGUGCAUCUCACUUUAACCAGCGGCUACAAGGAACACGAGCCUGGAUCGGAGCCACAGAAAUCUUUACCCUCCUAACCUCUCUGGGAAUCAGCGCCCGCAUCAUUGACUUCCACCAGCCGACGGGCCCAGGUGACACCCACCCCCGUCUCUUUGACUGGGUGAAGCAGUACUUCACUCAGUCGAACAGGAGUAGCAGGCUGCCCCCCAGACUCAUCCACACCAAACUGCCCCCGCUGUACCUGCAGCACCAAGGUCAUAGCCGCUCUAUAGUGGGUUUAGAGCAGAGGAAGAACGGUAGCCUGUGUCUCCUGCUUCUGGACCCUGGCUCCUCAGUGUCAGACACCAGGAAGCUGCUGAGCAGGGGCACCGUCUCCACAGCCGUCCACCGCAUCAGGAAGUUUCCUGGGAGCCUGAAGCACAAACAGUACCAGGUGGUGGCAGUACAUGGUGUGCUGUCUGCCGAGGAGAAACAGAACAGCAUCAUGACCUCCAGGACACUGUGUGCUGAAAGGAUUCCAUGAACACCUCUGUUUUCUCCUCUGUUUUUACUGUGAGCACACAUCAGGAGCUAUUUAAUAAAGUUGUAAUACAUUUUAAAAUUGA